AUGGCCGACGAGGCCCUGGACCAGCCGCCGGACGCGGCCCCGUCUCCGUCUCCGGCUCCAGCGACGCCGCCGGCCCCCGCCACCCCGUCCCCCGCGGCGCUGCUCCGCCCGCGGCGGGAGGCGUUCGAGCACGGGCUCCUGCCCAUCCCAAAGCUCAUCUUCCCGGAGGGCACUCUGGCGCAGACCCUCGCCCAGCUCAAGGAGAAGCUCGCCGCCUCGGCCCCCGACGGGCGCGUGCCCGCGGCGCUGGCGGAGGCGCUGCAGAUCCCGCAGGAGCAGGCGGCGCUCGCCCUCGGCACGCUCGCGGCAGUGCUCCCCGCCGAGGACCCCGCGCUCGGGGACGGCGCCGUGGAUGGUGCGGCCGCGGACAUCCGCGACGUGCUGCUCUUCCUCUACAUCCAGUCUUACAAGCGCCUCGUCCCGCGGAGCGCGCACAAGGACUCGCCCGCCGUGGCGGACGUCUGGCCCUCCACCUCCGCGUUCGAUGGGUACCUCUCCGCGCUCUCCCCGAUCCAGCUUGUUCGCAGUAACAGCCGUCGUUUUAUGCCUUCUCAAGCUGAUGAAGAAAUUCGUCAGUUGUCCUAUCUGCAAAAGCAUAUGGCGAAUAUUCUUACUCUCUUGGCAGAUUCUGUUGAGGGUGAGGGUGAUGAUUCACUGGUAUUGACAAUGGAGACUUUUGAGCACCUUGGAUUUCUAGUUCAAUUCUCAGAAGGAACUUCCUUGAGCCAGGCUGCUACAUUUUUGCAAACUCAGACCCAGACAUGCCUGCUGCGCCUGUCCCUGCUGCUCAGGUCCGCAGCAAAGGAAAGCAACCUGCAAACCAUGUCUGAUCUUGAUGUGACCAUGGCUGAGGCCAACACAAGUCACCCACGGAACAGCACACCAAGUGCCAAUCCUGCAUACUACAGAAACGUAACGUUUGUGGAGGGCUUUUCCAAAACCUCCGUUGUCAAGCAUGCAUCUGAUAUCAAAGGGAAUUCAAUAAAGGUUUUGAACUGCCAUGAUUCUGUUAUCUACAUAUUAGCACCGCUGAAGUAUGCUACUGUGUACGGCUGUUCUGAUGCUACAGUUGUUCUUGGUGCUGUUGGUAAGGUAGUAAAAGUGGAGCAUUGUGAAAGAGUGCAUAUCAUUGCAGCUGCAAAACGGAUUUGUAUUGCCAACUGCCGUGAGUGCAUAUUCUACUUAGGAGUAAAUCACCAACCUCUUGUGUUGGGGGAUAACCAUAAAUUACAAGUUGCUCCAUUCAAUACAUGCUACCCACAGCUGCAGGAUCAUAUGAUGCAAGUGGGUGUCAAUCCCAGUGUCAACAAAUGGGACCAACCUUUUGUGUUGGGAGUUGUUGAUCCACAUGAUUCAUUAUCCCAUCCUGCUGGGGUUUCAGAUGUUAAAGCUGAAUCAGCAACAUGUCUGGAUCCUGAUCUAUUCACCAAUUUUUUGAUUCCUAGUUGGUUUGGGGAUGAAAGGCAAGAGCCUACAAACUGCAAUCCUUUCCCACUGCCUGAAAUUUAUGGGGCAUUCCAAAGCAAAAAGCAUUCUGCUCUGGAAGAUAUCCAAAAGAUGAUUCGGGAGCUGCAGCUUGAUGAGAAUCGGAAAAGGGAAUUGGCAACUGCCCUUCAUGCUCAGUUCAAGGAUUGGUUAUACGAUAUGCAGUGA